UUUUCUAUUACAGUUCAUACUGUUGCCAGAGAUCUUGAUAUUUUGUAAAUUUUAUGUGCACAUAAUUGAUCAAUACCUAAUAGAAAUGAAAAUGGAGUUCGAAGAUAAUGAAGAAAUUCAUGAAGAUCCUAUGUGCAUUCCAGACAAACCACAAAAAAUUACGUUUUGUGAUAUAACUUCGGCUGCAUUUAAAAUUAAACCGCACGUCGAGAAAACACCUUGUAUUAGGUCACAUUUAUCAGAAAUAACGGGAUGUGAUAUAUAUUUAAAAAAGGAUUAUUUACAAUAUACUGGAAGUUUUAAAGAACGUGGUGCUUGCAAUGCCUUAAUUAUGUUAAGUGCAGACAAGAAACAGGCAGGUGUCAUUAGUGCAUCAUUAGGGAAUCAUGCCCUUGCAUUAUGUUAUCACGGAAAAAAAUUGGGUAUACCCGUUACGGUUGUAAUGCCAACAGUUGCUCCAAUUAUGAAAAUAUCCAAAUGUCGUCAAUAUGGUGCAAAUGUUGUUGUCAGUGGUGGAAAUAUGAGUGAAGCCAAAAAUUUAGCUUUGAAAAUCAGUAAAGAAAAAAAUCUGACAUACAUAAAUGGAUACGAUCAUCCGCAUAUAAUGGCUGGACAAGGUACAUUAGGUUUGGAAAUUGCUGAACAAGUUUCAGAUUUAGAUGCUGUUAUUAUUCCGGUCGGUGGUGGGGGUUUAAUUGCUGGUGUAGCUUUGGCUUUAAAAACUUUAAAUCCAGGUGUUACAGUUAUCGGAGUGGAAUCUGAACGAUGUGCAAGUUAUACAAAAGCAUUAGAACAUGGAAAACCAUCGCCAGUUGAGAUCGAGGCAACACUAGCAGAUGGCUUGGCUGUACCAAUGGUCGGAUAUAAUGCGUUUCAUACAGCUAAACCACUUGUUGAUAAAGUUGUUGUGGUUAAAGAAGAAUGGAUUGCAAUUGCAAUAUUACGAUUAAUUGAAUUAGAAAAAUGUGUAGUGGAAGGAGCAGGAGCUGCAGGAUUGGCUGCAAUAUUAGCUGGACAAUUAGAAGAGUUAAAAGGCAAAAAGGUUGCAUUAUUGUUAUGUGGCGGGAAUAUUGAUACAACAAUAUUAGGUCGAUGUUUGGAACGAGGUCUGACUGCAGAUGGUCGUUUGGUACGUUUUAUUGUAACUGUAAGUGACCGACCUGGAGGAAUUGCGGAGUUAUGUCGAAUAUUAUCAUCGAUUGGCGUUUCAAUUAAGGAUAUCAUGCAUGAACGUGCAUGGGUCAAAACUGAUGUUUUUAGUGUCGAUGUAAAAGUUGUUUGCGAAACUAGAGACGAGGAGCAUGUACAAGAAUUGAUGAAAGUGCUUACAGACAAAUACAAAAACGUAGACCUUCAUUAAUGAAACUAAAAAUAAAUUUUAUUAUAUUUUUUUGAAAAAAAAAAUCAUUGAAAGUGUAU